AACGUUGCUGUGACGGUAACCGCGUAAACAGGACGGGGCUGAGUAAGUCUGAAGAAACAUGUUGUAAACAGGUGUGUGGUUCGGAAUGACUGCAGUUGGGCGGCGAGCAGUCACCCCCCUCACUGCCUGGUCUGAGGCAGUGGACGGCGGCGGGGGGCUAGUGUCGGAUCCCCCCGCAGCGUCCCUGGAGGGGGCCAGAGAAGUGGGCGGGCCGGAGGAUCAGAUCUGCAGAGGCAUAUUCCAGAUAGAAAAAAGAAGCUGCGACGUCGUAUUGACACCGAGCAGAUUGAAGUGGACGCCGAUUGAGCCGGAGAGCCUGGCAGAUGACGAUAAAUUGAUUUCUCAACAUAAGAUGGAAUUUGUGGAGCUGAAAGAAGUGUUUGCUGUAAAGAUGAAACUUCGACGAUCUGCAGGACAACAAAAAGGAGGAACUCUGUUAGGAAUUACCAUCUUUGUGUGUAUUAAAAAGGGACAAAAUAAGCUCAAAGACCGUGCUGUUCAUCUAAGCAAUUUAAGUGAAGACUACUGUCACAUCUGGUUUAAACAUUUGAAAGAUAUUCUGAGAUAUUUUCCAAAGAGGCCAAAGUCCCUGAAAGUUAUUAUUAACCCAUAUAGUCACAAAAAGGAAGCUAAACAAGUCUACUAUGAACAAGUUGCACCUCUUUUCAAGUUGGCUGACAUCAAGACUGACAUCACCAUUACAGAGCAUGAAGGACAUGCUUUAUCAGUUCUCAAGGAAUGUGAUAUUCAAGAAUUUGAUGGAGUAGUAUGUGUGGGUGGUGAUGGGACUGCAAGUGAAGUGGCCCAUGGUUUACUCCUCCGAGCCCAGAUUGAUGCUGGGAGGGACAUCGAUUCCAACUUCACGCCUGUCAGAGCACCACUUCCUCUUGGCAUAAUACCAGCAGGUUCCACUAAUGUCUUAGCAUUUUCUGUGCAUGGAAUUAAACAUCCAGGUACUGCGGCAAUGCAUAUCAUCAUGGGUAACCUCCAAGAAGUGGAUGUUUGCAGUUUUAGUAGUCAUCACAGGUUGCUUCAAUUUGGUUUCUCAGCCAUGUUUGGCUUUGGUGGGAGAACCCUGGCCUUAGCAGAAAGGCAUCGUUGGAUGCCUUCCAACCAGCGGAAAGAGUUUGCUAUGAUCAAAACACUGACGAAUCUCAAGCCAGAAGACUGUGAAUUAUCAUUUCUACCAACGGAAAACGCACACAUGGCAGAUCAGGAAGGCCAAAGAAAUGAAGAUGAAAUAAAUGCGAUUGAACAAUGUACUGAUGAAGAUAAAUGGCAAACCAUGCAGGGACGUUUCCUCAAUAUUAGCAUUAUGGCCAUUCCAUGUCUUUGUUCAAUGGCACCAAGAGGCCUUGCACCUAAUACCAGGUUGGAUAAUGGAAGCAUGUCGCUUAUUGUUGUCCAAAACAGUUCACGAGCAGAUUUUAUAAAGCACCUAAAACGAUAUGGUAACCUAAAGAAUCAGUUUGAUUUUCCCUUUGUGGAGACAUAUACAGUCCAGGAAGUUAAAAUCCGCUCAAGGAUCGAUUACAAUUGGACUGAUGCAACAUCAGAGGAGAAUGCUGAUUUUCAUUCAUGUCGCCCUUCUGUGAUUUCUCUGAAAGGAAGCUGUCUGUGGAAUGUUGAUGGUGACUUAAUGGAGGGAACUUCAGAAGUUCAUAUAAAGAUCCACUCACAGCUAAUUACUCUGUAUGGAAGGAGCAUUGAAGAAUGUGAUGAUCAUACAAUAAAGUGCAGCUGCCUAGGUUGA